AUGUCAUCUUCUUCGUAUCGUUUUCCUGAAUCAUCACCAUCUGAAUAUAAACAACGAAUUGCUAUACCAAUUCAACGUUUUUCACCAAAUAUGAAUUCUAACUUCAAUGAACAAUAUAGUGAAAAUGCAAUUUAUUCUAAAGAUACAACAACACAAUGGAUAAAUGAUUCGAAUAAUGAUCGAGAAAAAUUUCGUAUGAAAAUUAAUAUUGAAGGAUUUGAUAAAAAUGAUGUUCAUUGUCGAGUGGAAGGUACUAGACUUUUUGUAUAUGGUGAACGUAUCGAAAACAAAAGUCAAGGUACGUCAAGAAAAGUUAUAGAAAAAUCUUAUGAAUUACCAACAGAUGUUGAUAAGUCAAGUCCACAUGUUAGUUUUCCGUCACCAGUAACAAUGCAAGUUGAUUUUCCAUCAAAACGUUCAUCAACUCGAUUCAAUCAAUCAAGUGGCUAUACAUCACCAAUAAAAGUAUAUAGUACUAAUACAUAUGAUCAUAAGAUAAUGUCAAAUCCACGUACUCAAUCUCCUGAUAAUGAAUUUUUCCAUGAGAAUCGAAAUACUUCAAUUCCAAUUCAACGUAUUUCUAUUAUUUCAAAAGGUUCAUCACUUACUCCUAUACAUCCAAAUUAUGAAGCAUACAAAUUUCCUGAAUCAACUGAUAAUCCUAUCAUAGAUAAAAAUGCUAACAUUUAUAAAAAAAUAGUUAAAAAAGUACAUCGCCGACUUGCAACUCCUACUGUAGGUGUUCAAUCAUCUCAAGAUACUCAUCAUCAUCAUCAUCAUCAGCCUUCAGUUCGUCCAGUACUAUCAAGUAUUAUGGAAGAAGAUCAUACAAUAUUAUCAUCGUCAUCGUCAUCAUCAUCAGUUACAAAUAGUAUUAUUAGUAAUAAUGAUUCAUCAUCUUUUCCUCCGGGUUUCGAUUCUAAUGUAUUUUAUCAAAGUGAAUUUCAACCACAAAUAUUUACUGAUGAUCGUAAUCAACGAUAUAUAGAUAUGAAACUUGAUGUACUUGAUUAUAAACCAACUGACCUCACAGUUUCUAUUAAUGAUAAUGAUCUUAUUAUUCAAGGUAUAAAUACUAAUUUCUAUAAACAAAUAACAUUACCAUCAAAUACUGAUCUACCAAGUUUAACAUUAGAAUAUCGACGUGAUAAAAAACUCUAUAUAACAGCUAAAUUACUUGAUGAAUAUUCUUCUUUUAAAUAUAUUUAA